CUAUCGCGUUCAUAGAGCAACAGUCGUGGUGGAGGCUUGUUCAGUUCCUUUUGGAGUCAGAAACCAUGGGGUAAGAGCAAAGAUAGAGCUGAUAUUGGGAAUGACACCACCCAUACGCCAAAGCAUAGGCGGUCACUAUCGUCUUCAAGCUCCCCAUUGUUCAUGGUGGGAGGUUUUUCAAAGGUACUUUCGGGUUCGGCACCUAUCUUUCACUCCGGAUUACCCUCCGCGAUCGCUGAUGAAGGUGCACUGAUACCUACUGACAACAGCACAUCAAUCAUGCCAUCGUUACAGCUUUCAGCUAGACGGAAUAGGACAAUCAGCUGGGUGGACCAACUUCCAACCCGAUCCGCACCGUCACCGUCGCCGUCAUCCGAAGUCAACUUUGGAGGAGCGCAAACAACGCACGGCUCCGAAAUCGCACCAUCGUUUGCGCAGGAAGACUCAGACAGUGACCCCAGCAGCUCAACGCUUUGCCUCAACUCGCCUUUCUCUUCUGACCUCCAUCUUACCAUACAAUCUCUCACACCCCAAACCACAAUCGCUGGUCGACAAAGUGAGAUCACCAUGCUAACCAGUCCGCGCGACCUCUCUCCCUUCAAAGGAAAGCCCCUCUGGGAACCUGACGACGAGGAAUGGGAAGAUAUACACGCGAUUCACAUCUCGUCCACUUACAAAGCCUCCUUCAGAGACCCGCGACGAUGUAGUCCGCAGAAGACAACAAAUGCUAGCACACUGUCCCGCUUCAGCAGCACCAUCACAUCUUUCCUGCCUUUCUCCCCUGUCAAACUCGCCGCAGAAGCCCGUCUGCGCGAUGAAGAAGAGCUGCGAGACAAGUUAGAGGAAUUGGGCAACACGUACUAUUCAGACCCCGCCGGAGAUGUCCACGAUACUGUCGUGGCCUCCACUUUUCUGUCUGGAUCCCGAUACUUUCGCCAUGACCAAGCUGGAAGUUUUGCCCGCGCUCCAUAUGUCAUCGAUCUGGAACGGUAUUUCAAUACUCAGGAUCCAUUAGUUGGAGCUGCUUACCCGCGUCUUUGUAGCGCAGUCGCUACGAUACUCAGUCACACGAACAGAGAGUGUUUAGAAGCAUUUCUUGAUCCGCGGGUUGACGAAUUUGUGUAUCGGAGGGAAGUAGACAGAAGCACUGCAGGGAAUAUUCUUGUGAUUAGGAGGAAGGGGAACAGUGUUAUUGCUGGUUCCUACCGUAACCUAGGCUUCUCGUUAUCAUGGACCUUGUACGUCAGAGCAUCAUUCAGCGCCACAGGCCUCUGGUACGAAACCUUUGCGUCGCCCGUCGCGGGCUCAAGUCCCAUUAUAAACGGAGUACCAGCUUGGGAUACCUUCAUACCCAUAAACGCGCCCUUUUCUUUUCCCGUCUCCUCGUCGUUCCUCCCGCCACCGUCAUCAUCCCAGUCGCAACAAUCCACCGUGCCGUUGGAGUCCUCGCCUCGGAAGAUACUCUUAGCUGGUCCAACUUCACCUCCGCAGUGGACGCAGGGUAUGAAGAAAGACAAUGAAGAAGAAAACGAUACCAUUAACCCGACAGACGAAAAGUUUGUGCUAUACCAAAGCAGGGUGCUGGCAAGGUUCUUUCUGAGAGACAUCUGGAUUAGAUUCGAGGGACGGUAUGAGUGCAAGGCCACGUGGGAGAUUGAUGGGGCAGUUAGCGAGGUGAGGCUAAGGAGGGCUGUUGUGGGGUUUCCUGGGGACAAUGACGAUGAUGGAUAAAGUACAGAUAUGUAAUGUCCUUGUAUGAACUGCCUACAAGACAUACACCGACUUCGUACACUGGCACUUAAGGCAAGGAUCUGGAUGUUCCUGCCGAUAGAAGCCAUCUCCGUCUUGCCUACAGCAGGAACCUGGGAAGUCGU